AUGCAGCGAGGGCGGAGAAGCCUGCGGGGCAAGGACCGGCCGGCACCCACGCAGUGCCUGCAGACCCAGUGCUUCGACCCGCUGGUCCGCAACUGUGUGGCCUGCAGUCUCCUCCGGACGACGGAGCCUAGGCUGGCAGGCGGCCCAAGCAGCCUGGCGCCCGGGACGGCGCUGCAGCCGCAGGAGUCGGCGGGCCCCGGGACCCCCGCGGAGGCCGAAGCGGCGCUGCCGCUCCCGGCGCUGCUCUUCGGAGCCCCCGCGCUGCUGGGCCUGGCGCUGGCCCUGGCCCUGAUCGGGCUGGUGACCUGGAAGCGCCGGCGGCGGCAGCCGGGCGCGGCGGUGGUCCCUGAGGCCCCGGACGCCGCGGAGGCCCCGGACGGAGACCCAGACAAGCCCCUGGAUGUUGACACCACACUCUCCCCCGGAACCCUGGAUGCCACGGCUCCCAUCUGGCUUCUGCCCAGUGAAGACCCAGCGGCCACCCCACCUACCCACAGCGUCCCUGUGCCAGCCACAGAGCUGGGUUCCACUGAGCUGGUGACCACCAAGACGGCCGGGCCUGAGCUACAGUAG